CGUGUCUUGGCGCCUGGGCGGCACAGUGCCGUUGGGCCUACUAGGGGCUGGGGGUCCGGGGUCGUGGGCCCCCGAGGGGUCUGGGCAGCACGGAGGCUCCGGGAGUCACUGAGGGCGCGGGGCCGGGCGCCGCCAACGGAGCGCUGUGCCCUGGCGCUCCGCCGCCCGCCUCGCAGUUCGCGCUGCUGGUGAUGCGGCCCUGUGGCGGCGGCGGCGGCGGCAGCGGCGGGCAGGACGAGGCGGCGGCGGCCGAGGCCGCGGCGCGACCGGCCUCGGGCCUGGGGGGCGGCGCCGGGCCGGGUCAGCCGGUCAGACUCCUGGGGGAAGUGACCGGGGAUGGCGACGAGGACGUGGGGGAGGACGAAGCCGAGCUGCUGGACACUUCGGAUCCCCCGGGGGGAGGCGAGAGCACGGCGAGCCUGGACGACCUGGAGGACGAGGAGGCGCAGUCGGGCGGCGAGGGCGGCGGCGCGGGGGCCCGCGGGCCGGGCGGGGGCGGCGGCGGCUGCAAGACCUGCACCUACGAGGGCUGCAGCGAGACCACCAGCCAGGUGGCCAAGCAGCGCAAGCCGUGGAUGUGCAAGAAGCACCGCAACAAGAUGUACAAGGACAAGUACAAGAAGAAGAAGAGCGACCAGGCCCAGAACUGCAGCGGGGCCGCCCCUCCUGGCGGCACGGGAAACGUCAAACUGGAGGAAAGUGCAGAUAACAUACUGUCCAUGGUUAAACAAAGAUCAGGAUCUUUUGGUGAUCGACCUGCAAGACCUACUCUUUUAGAACAAGUAUUAAAUCAGAAAAGACUGUCAUUAUUGAGAAGUCCAGAAGUGGUGCAGUUUUUACAGAAACAGCAGCAACUAUUAAACCAGCAAGUUUUGGAGCAGAGGCAGCAGCAGUUUCCAGGAACAUCAGCGUGAGGAUAUUUAUCCAGAAGAUCUGCAUGUUUUUUCUUUUUCUUUUUUUUUUAAUCUUACCAUAGUAUGCAAACAUUUUUAUACUAAAUAUAAGUGAAGUGAAAUAUGCUUGUAGAUCCUGAUGGUUGUUUUCCUGUAAAUGUAUGUGUACAUUUGUGGACAGAUAAGUAUUGCACUCUGUGCAUCUCAUCCUUUCAGAUCACCAUGAAUUUGAAAUAAUCAGCUUAUAUUUCCCAAAGUAAUAUUUAAUUACAUUUUUUCUUGUAAAUAUUCCUCUUCAGUCUCUGUUACUGAAGGUAAUGAAGCAGUUACUUUCUAUGAAAGUCAAGAAGUUAAUAGAUAAUAAUCUUGGAUCAUUUAGCUUAGGGUUUAUUACCAAGGAACAGCUGAAAAUGUAUGAGUAUGUUUUCUGCUUGUAAAAAUAACCUCAGAAACUGCUGGGUUCUAGUGAAUGGACCAAGAAUGCUCUGUGGUAUCUGGAAUGAUCCCACCCAACUAAGAAUAUUAUACAUAGUACCAGUAAUGCUCUUCUUAAACACUGUUAAGCUACUUCUGAUGAUAAACAUGUAGACAGAGCACCCUGAAUUGAGUUCUUGUAAUAGCCAUUUCUUUACAGUUGAAACUGGAGCUGUCAAAGAGGUAAGCACGUUUUUAUACCUAUGAGGAAAGUGAUUGUCAAUGUCAAAUAUGUUAAAUUAAGUUGUACAUCUAUUUUCAGAGAUGUACUGGUAUAGUGGAAGGAUUAAGUACACUUCAAGUAUACUGGAAUGGAUGCAUCUCCUAAAGUUAGCUUCACUAUUUCACAUUACCUAUUAAUGUUAACCUCUUUAAAACAAACUCUUUUGUAUAUUGAACUUGUGGACAGGACAUAUAUAUCUUAUUCCACUAAUGCUAGCAAUAAAUUAUUUUUGUAUUCAUUUCUUUUUCAGUGGAAUAUCUUAAAUAAUUGACAGUAUUGUCAGUGUUUUUCAAAAUUACAUUAUUUUAAGACCAUGUUAUUUCAAAGUGAUGUUCAAAGAACAGUAAUUUAUACAGAUACUUUUUAUUGUAUUUUAUCUUGGGAAACCUUUAAAAAGUCAAACCUACUAAUAGUAAGAGUAAGAAAAUUGAAUGUUAAGAGAAUGUUUUAAUAUUGGGACAAUACAUGUUUAUGUCUCAAGUUUAACUCCAGAAAUGCAUUAAUUUAUUUAUUUUUAAACUCUAAAAUUUCAUGUUAAACUUAAUCAAAGCUGUUUUAAAAGUAGUUGAAAAGAAAAAAUCUUAUUGUUCAUCUUUUGAUAUGUCUUAAACCUAUGUAUCUGUGCAAAAAAUGCUUUUUACCAAAAUUUAUUCAUUAAAGUCCAGUUUUCUUUUGA